ACAAGGGGUUCAUCCGACCCUCUCCAUCCCCAGCAGCCUCCCCAGUGAUGUUUGUGAAAAAGAAGUCAGGGGACCUACGCUUGGUAGUGGACUAUAGAGCCUUGAACAAUAUCACAAAGCGGAAUCGUUACCCCCUGCCUUUGAUCUCUGACCUAUUAGACCGGCUCCGAGGGGCCAAAGUUUACACCAAGUUGGAUCUCCGGGGGGCUUACAAUUUAGUUCGCAUCAGAGAAGGGGACGAGUGGAAAUCCGCCUUCCAGACCAAAUUCGGAUUAUUUGAGUCCCUGGUCAUGAAUUACGGUUUAUCCGGAGCUCCCGCAACAUUCCAGCAUUUUGUCAACGAUAUCUUCCAGGAUUAUCUAGAUCGGUUCUUGAUCAUAUAUUUGGACGAUUUUUUUGGUGUUUUCUAGAUCACAAUCGGAACACGAACAACACGUCAGAAUGGUGCUACAACGAUUGCGGGAUCAUGGACUAUAUUCCAAGUUAGAAAAAUGCGCUUUUGAUCUACAAGAGGUAGACUUCCUGGGAUACCACGUCUCGCCACUAGGGCUCUCCAUGGACCCAGCAAAGGUUUCAGCAGUAUUGGAAUGGCGGGCGCCAACCAACAAGAAGGAAGUGCAACGCUUCUUGGGGUUUGCAAACUACUACCGCAAAUUCAUCCCAGACUUUGCCCGCUGGUCUGACCCAAUCACCAGCUACAUCCGUGGAAAACAGCCUUUCCGCUGGACGGAGCAAGCAGAGAAAGGGUUCCAGCAACUAAAGAAGUUAUUCACGACCCAGCCAAUUCUACAGCACCCUGAUCCUAAAACCCCUUUUGUUGUGCAGGCUGACGCCUCCGAUGUGGCAAUUGGGGCUAUACUCAUGCAACCGGUGGGAGAACACCUUCAUCCUUGUGCCUAUUACUCCCGUCAGCUAACAGCCCCAGAGAGAAAUUACACUAUA